AUGGCUCCCAAAAAGGCCCCCCCUCCCUCCUCCGAUCAGAAAGCAAGCGUUCCAGUCAACACGCCGAACCUUCAUCCAUGCCCUCGUUGUCGAACCAAGCCCGACCACGACUUGAAGCAAUGCAAGAAGCAAAUCGACCUGCUAAACCGGACUGAAAAGGAAAUCGAGGAACUGGAACCCAAGAGGAAGGUGUCGAAGAAAUAUCCGGCCAAAGGUUGGGUCGGCCUCAGUCCGGCAGAGUCCUUUUUCAGGGAGGCUGACUUCAGGAGCUGGGUAUUGUCUGAGGAGGGUCGAGUGGCACGCAAGCAGACCAAGAGACAGGAGGGUAACGAUGAACACAAGGGAAUGCUUUUCCAUCUAGACCUCAAGGACCUUGAGAAGAGGCUCUUCCCAAGCGACAAGUGUCUCCGGUGCAACGCAGCAGGUCACAUCUGGCCCAUGUGCACGACUCGUGUUUCCUUGGAUCACGCUCAACAACCGUACGCAUGGCCAGCCGAAUCGACCGACGCACGCUUCCGCAUGGAAAGGGACUUCAAGUCCUUUGUCGAGGGCGCAAUCGACCCAAAGGAGCAUUCCCAGUUCCUCGUCAGCAACGGAGAGUCUUGUUUCCUGCACCACUUUGAACCUGUCCUAACUCUCCCGCCGGGGUCCAAGCCGCCGUCUCAGUCGAACUACAACCCUGAUGUCACCGACAACCGGGCGGCGUUGGGCCACCAGAUGGUCAGUUCAGCUGACAUGUCCGCAGUUCCCUCCCGCCCCGGUUUCGCCGAGAGUCAAGGCGGAAAGACGGUGCUGACAAACCACUUCAUUGUUGACCUACCGGACGACUUGAAGCUUUUCAAGUAUAUUCUGGCUGGCCAACGCGAUGCGACAUCGCCCAGGGGAAGGAAAAAGGAAGAGAUGGAACGCUUCAUCACGGAGUCGCCCACUCUGAACUACUGCCGCGACGACUUCGCCACGGACGAAAUCUCUCUGAUCAUUUCGACGAAGAACUUGUACCCCGAGAGUCCGAACCCAGUUCCUAGCGCAAUCAUGGAAACUCGCACUUUCAAGAAGAGAGGGGAUGCAGAUGGGAGGCAGGUCAAUCUCAUUUUUGGGGAUUGCAUUGACAUCAACACCCUCAAAAACCAUGUGCAGCUUCCCAGAGCCUUUGGCGACAACUUCCAGCCAGCGAUACAGGCACUCAACAUCCUCCUUCUAAAGGGGGCUGCCGAAGAUGCUGCAGUGGACUUCGCAACGUUCCGCAUUGGAAACAACAGGGUUUUCCGGAAGAGCGGUUACGACCCGAUUGGCCCUAAAGAGCACGGCAGCCUUCUCGUUUGCCAUCGUGGCUAUUUCUCGACGAUUACGCCCGGUCUCGGAAAUGUCCUUCUCAAUCUGAACGUUGCAACCAGUGCGUUCUUCAUGCCCUUACCGCUCAAAGAAUUUCUUCACCACUCAAGGAGGUAUUUCGGUUUCCAUAAUGACAGCGACUGGGUGUCCAAGGUUGACAAACUUCUUCGGGGUGUCCGGGUAUGGAUUACAUACGAUUAUGCUCACGACUCUCAGAAUCGGAAGGGCUCAACAAGGAAACACGUAGACCCCUCCUUGCGGAUCAAGACAAUCAGAGGUUUGGGACUUCCUCUGAGCAAACAGACAUUCGAGAAAGAUGGCAAGGACAUGACAGUUUUCAAGUAUCUAUCGGACGAAUAUCCUACCAAGGUAACGCAUCACCACGCAGCCGACUACUCUGUGAAUUUGGGCACACAGACCUCACCGCGCUGGUACGCUCCGAGCACACUUCAUAUCCUGCCAUACCAGCCCUUCCGGCCAAAGCUUUCGGCAGAUUUACAGAGCAGUAUGAUUAACGUUGCAUGCAAAUCUCCGGACGUGAGUAAGGCUGAGAUCAUCGACGAGGGUCUCAGGUGCAUGGCACUUCCUCCUCCGAGUCAAGGAUUUUUGGCACGUGUCGGUGUCACCAUUCAUCCCAAUCUGAUGAUGGUGCCGUGCAGGGAGAUCAAUACUCCCACCAUUAUCAACAAAGAUGCCAACGGACAGCGCAAUCCGGUCACGAUGAAAUACUCCACCUGGAACAUGGUAAAACGCAAACAUCUGGAUACCCCGGCCAGCGCUUCGAUAGCCCCCGUUCUAUACAUCCAUGCCUCUUUCAGCGGUAUCAACAAAUUCCAUGAGGACUUUAUGACGCUUCUUGGAGGAUAUCUGAGGAUCAACACCAGUGGCGGAUUUACAGAUUUUAGCCUUCCUCAAGGUCACUUCAAAAGGGCAGAUUUUCACAAGGCUCUGACAGACAAAAGAGCUGCUAACGCGAAGCUUGUCGUGUUCAUCGCUCUGAAAGACCAAGGUUACGAGGAGUUCAAGCAAGUCGCCGAUCAGAUCCGAGGCAUCCAGUCCCUCUGCAUCCGAAAGGACAAGUUUUUCAAGAAGUACAUGAACGACAACCCCAACCCAUGGAGUAACUACGUUGGCAAUGUCUCCAUGAAGCUCAACCUGAAGUUCGGGGGCAUCAACCAUGAGGUGUAUGGGCUAGGACAAGUCUGCACAGCCGUCAAAGGAGAGCUCCCAGUCAUGGUCCUUGGCGCGGACGUGACGCAUCCAUCUCCUGGGUCCGUCGGCGGCCUUCCCUCAAUCGCAGCUGUUGUUGGGAGUACUGAUAAGACCUUUGGGAGGUACGGUGGUUCGCUUCGCCUUCAAUACCCGGAAGAGAACAAGAAGGCUCGAGAGACGAUCAAGUCGGACCUUAUGGAGUCCAUGGUGAAGGAGCGUCUGGAAGCUUACAAGGACAAGAAUGGAGGUCGGUAUCCCGAGAAGAUCCUUUACUACAGAGACGGUGUCGGCGAGGGCCAAUACACCCAGGUCAAGGAGGUCGAAAUUUCUGCGAUCCGGCACGCAUUCAAACUCUGCUCCGAAAAGCAAGUCGCAAUCACUGCCGUAGUCACCACCAAGCGGCACCACACGCGCCUCUAUCCUGGCAACGGAGCAACAUGCAAGCGCGUAAACCAGGGGAACUUGCCCAUGAACGUCACGCCCGGAACAACGGUUGAAUCGGAAAUUGUCUCACCAGACAAGUUCGAUUUCUUCCUGGUUUCGCACGUGGGGAUCAAGGGCACCUCCAGGCCCACCUACUACACCGUCAUCGAAAACGGCAUGAAGUUCGACGCCAAAGGGAUUCAGGACUUCACAAACGCACUCUGUUACACUUACGUGCGCGCCACGAUGAGCGUCUCCUACGCCCCUCCGGCUUACUACGCGGACCGUUUGUGCGAGCGAGGACGGGUCUACUUGAGGCAAUUUUUCGAUCCAUCAUAUCCCGGCAACCCGAACACAUUGAAGCACAAUAUCACACAGGCUUGGGGUGGGACGGAAAACGCCAAUCCGUGGCAUUCAAACCUCAACAACACCAUGUUCUGGAUGUGA